AUGGCUCUAUCCAUUCUUUCCGCUUCUCUUCUGCUCGCCAGCAUCGUCGCCGGUCAGACGCCUGGUAAUGCAACCGAUAACCACCCCAAGCUUGAAACAUUCCGCUGCACCGUCAAGGACGGAUGCGUGAAGAAGACCAACUUCAUUGUCGCCGACUCCAGCCAGCAUCAAAUCAACACCAAGGAGGGCGUCAGCUGCCUCACUGGCAACAACCCGCCCAACGUCACCGCCUGCCCCAAUGCCGAGGAUUGUGCGAAGAACUGCAUCAUCCAGGGCAUCACCGACUAUGCCGACAAGGGUGUCACGACCUCGGGCACUGACCUCCGCAUGCAGAUCCUCAAGGAUGGCAACAAGGUCUCUCCCCGUGUGUAUCUGCUCGAAGAGAACAAGCAGCGUUACGAGAUGCUGCAUCUUACCGGCAACGAGUUCACUUUCGAUGUCGACAUGGUGAAGCUGCCUUGUGGCAUGAACAGCGCGCUGUACCUUUCUGAGAUGCUGCCUGAUGGCGGCAAGAACACCAGCGUGCUGAACAAGGCCGGCCCCGCUUACGGCACUGGAUACUGCGAUGCCCAAUGUUUCAAGACGUCCUUCAUCAACGGAGUUGGUAACAUUGAUGGCAAGGGUUCAUGCUGCAAUGAGCUCGACAUCUGGGAGGCCAACUCUCGCGCCACUCAUAUUGCUCCCCACACUUGCAACAAGCCCGGUCUGUACCAGUGCACCGGUGACGAGUGCGAGAAGACCGGCGUCUGCGACAAGUCCGGCUGCUCAUGGAACCCGUACAAGGUCGGUGGUAACGACACCACCUUCUACGGCAGGGGCGCCAAUUUCAAGGUCGACACGACCAGGAAGUUCACCGUCGUCACCCAGUUCCCCGCCCAGGACGGAAAGCUCAAGUCGCUCCACCGCUUAUACAUCCAGGACGGCAAGGUUGUGACCAGCAGCGUCGUCCAAAUCGAGGGUCCCCCGAAGAUCAACUUCAUGAACGACGACUACUGCAAGGCUACCGGUGCCGACCAGUUCAUGACUCUGGGUGGCAUGACUGGUAUGGGCGAGUCCAUGACCCGCGGCAUGGUCCUGGCCAUGAGCAUCUGGUGGGACGACGCGACUGCGAUGGAGUGGCUCGAUACCAAUGCUGCUGGCCCUUGCAAUGCCACUGAGGGAUUCCCCGACUCCAUUGUCAAGGUUGAGCCUAACCCUGAGGUCACUUUCAGCAACAUCCGCUUCGGCGAGAUCAACUCUACCAUGAACAUGAGGUUGUAA